UGUGUAUGUUUCUAUAUAGGUAGCUGAUAUUCUUACUGUAAAAGGUGGAACUGGUGCUAUAAUCGAAUAUCAUGGAAACGGCGUUAAUUCAAUAUCUUGCACUGGUAUGGCGACGAUUUGUAACAUGGGAGCCGAAAUUGGUGCCACCACAUCAGUAUUUCCGUUUAAUGAGCGCAUGGCCACAUAUUUGAAAUCUACUAACCGAAGCGCUAUUGCAGACGAAGCAAAUAAAUACAAAAAACAACUUUUUACUCCAGAUGGAAAUUGUGAAUACGACGAACUAAUUGAAAUUAACUUAGAUACGUUAGAACCUCAUGUCAAUGGACCAUUUACACCUGAUCUGGCUCACCCAAUAAGUAAAUUGGGAGCGAAUGCAAAACAAAAUGGGUAUCCACUGGAUAUUAAAGUAGGUCUAAUUGGCUCUUGUACCAAUUCCUCAUAUGAGGAUAUGGGUCGUUGUGCUAAUAUUGCAAAGGACGCAAUGACACAUGGUCUUAAGUCGAAAAUUCCGUUUAAUGUUACGCCUGGCUCUGAGCAGAUUCGUGCAACCAUCGAGAGGGACGGAAUCGGUGAAGUUUUUGAAAAGUUUGGUGGCACCGUUUUAGCGAAUGCAUGCGGCCCCUGUAUCGGCCAAUGGGAUCGAAAAGAUGUGAAAAAAGGUGACAAAAACACAAUCGUAACUUCGUAUAACCGCAACUUUACUGGGAGAAAUGAUGCUAAUCCUGCAACCCACUCAUUUGUUACCAGCCCAGAAUUAGUCACCGCUUUAUCGAUUGCUGGUCGUUUAGACUUUAAUCCAUUAACUGAUGAACUUACCGGAUCGGAUGGGAAGAAAUUUAAACUGUCUGCUCCAUUUGGCGAUGAAUUACCUUCUAAAGGAUUUGACCCGGGAAUGGAUACUUUCGACGCACCACCGAAGGAUGGCGAAGCUGUGAAAGUAGAAGUGGAUCCAAAGAGUCAGCGUCUUCAAAUUUUAGAACCCUUUGAUAAAUGGAAUGGUAAAGAUUUGGUAGAUAUGACUGUCCUUAUUAAAGUGAAAGGAAAAUGCACAACAGACCAUAUAUCCGCUGCUGGACCUUGGCUUAAAUACAGAGGACAUUUGGACAAUAUUUCAAACAACAUGUUUAUUGGGGCUAUUAACUCGGAAAAUAAUGAAAUGAAUAAGGUUAAAAAUCAGCGAACAGGUGAAUGGGCAGGUGUUCCUGAUGUUGCACGAGAUUAUAAGGCCAAUGGAAUAAAAUGGGUUGCUGUCGGUGAUGAAAACUACGGAGAGGGUUCAUCUCGUGAGCACGCUGCGCUAGAACCACGUCACUUGGGUGGUCGAGCUAUUAUAGUUAAAUCGUUUGCUCGCAUUCACGAAACGAAUUUAAAAAAACAAGGAUUAUUACCUUUAACAUUCGCAAAUCCUGCAGACUAUGAUAAGAUACAACCUGAAAGCAAAAUUUCCCUAAUUGGAUUAAAUAGUUUAGUGCCUGGAAAGCCAGUUGAUUGCGAAAUCAAAACGGGCAACAAAGUCGAAAGGAUUAAGCUGAACCAUUCGUUAAAUGAUUUGCAAAUUGGUUGGUUUAAGGCCGGCAGCGCACUCAACCGAAUGAAGGAGCUCGCAGUAAAUAAGUAAAUUGAACUCGUGGAGUGACUACAAAUAAAUCUUUAGAAAAAAACUUUGAAAUACAUAAAUAUAAGGCACUACAUAUCUACACCAAAUCAGCGUUUAGAUAUAAAGAAAUACAUAUUUCUCAAAAUCUUGGUAUGCUUUAUUAGUAAAUCAUAUUCUCUAUUGAUUUUAGUUCGUUUCACAUGAACAUGGUUAAAUACAAUAAUUUAUGCAAGUGAAA